UUGUGCUCAUCGUUUUAUAUAUUACUGACGAAAUCAAAUUGGAAAUGCUCGAUAUUUUGAUAGCAUCAAAUAAUAUUAAUUAGUGAAUUUAAAAAAAGACCAAUUGAAACGAAUUGAGUGAAUAUUUGUAAACUUAAUAUAUAUUUCGUCAUAAAACAUGGAAACAUCAAGCAACGAACACAUUGAUCCAUCAGUUCGCCGUUAUCGCACCGCUUUCACUCGCGAACAGCUGGCACGCUUGGAAAAGGAGUUCUAUAAAGAGAAUUAUGUAUCGCGUCCCCGUCGCUGUGAACUUGCCGUUCAGCUUGGUCUGCCCGAGUCGACAAUCAAGGUUUGGUUCCAAAAUCGUCGCAUGAAGGAUAAGCGGCAAAGAAUUGCUGUUGCAUGGCCAUAUGCCGCUGUCUAUGCUGAUCCAACUUUUGCUGCUUCAUUACUUCAGGCGGCUGCCAACUCAGUGACCAUGCCAUAUUAUCCAAAUCCGAUGAUUCCACAAAUGCCAAUGAUUCCACCAGCACAAAUGCCAUCAUCCGGCGCAAAUCCAUAUGCAUAUGGUUAUCGAUAUUCUCCAUAUCCAAUUCCACAACGAAAUCCAACAAGUAUUCCACCUCAUUCGCAUUCGUCACCCUUAUCAACACCACCCAAUGGAUCAAUAUUCACGAGAGGUGAUUUUGGUAACAAUUCAUUCGGUAGUGAUUUUAUGCAGAGUCCCAGUUCGCCCAUGUCACCGCUAUCACUGUCGCCCGUUUCUGAAACCAAUCUAAACGAUUCAAAGUCACAUGCACACGAUCAAAUCAAUCACCAUAACAAUAAUAAUAAUAACAACAUUGACGAGAAAACAAUAAUAAAGUCUGAAAAGCCAAAAUUAUUUCAACCAUAUAAAUCAGAGGAAUGA